AGAAAUCCAGGGCUUUCCUGAUUGUGUGUUUGUGCUUCAAAGUUUGAUGUCUAUACCCCUGGAACACGAUUACAUAGGCCUAUCAGAGACUUCUUCACUGGAAAGAAGCUCUGACAAGAUCUCAUCUUCUUCCUCAACUGUCACAACUAAGGAUGAGAACAGUAAUGUUUUCAACCUCAAAGAAACGGAGUUGAGACUUGGUUUGCCUGGUUCCUUGUCUCCUGAAAGGAAGGCUGGACUGGGGAUAUCUCUCUUUGGGAAGGAUUUUGAGGAUAAGACAAAUGGGUAUUCACACAGCCCUCUGAAGAACUUUGUCUCGGGGGCUAAGAGGGGCUUUUCUGAUGCCAUUGAUGCGUCUGGAAAUUGGGNACUAAUUUUCUCUUUAUUUUUGUCAAAGACAGGUUAUCUUUGUUGGGACUUGAAUAUUUAUGAAGACAAAUUUCUCAUGACUUAG